CACAGUCCAACGACUGAAAUAUCGCCAUGACGGCCUCCUUCGCUCGCGUGAUUGCUACGAUAUUGCUGAUUCCUCUUCUGUUCUUGCAGCACGAAGCUCAAGUACAUGGUCGAUUCUUCCUGCCUGCGAGCAAACGAAACGAGCUCGCCAAACCAACAGGAGCCAAUGUGAACUACACGCACAUCUUGACUGAUGCACUGGAACAAGUUCAGCAACUCGAACGACUACCAUCAUGCAAACGCAUCCCCACCAAGCGACUGAUCCACUCUUGCGAAAUCUUCGAUCCCUCCCGUAAAGAUGAUCAUCGCAGCAAGCAUGACACACUUGAGCCAUUCAGGAACCUUUACGCCCUCCAAAUGACGGCCUGUGACCUCGGGGAUGCACAAAUCAAUAUGCCUCAAGCAUGUACGCCGCUUCUCGCUCCAAUUGAGGAUGAUGGUAUGUCUUUGAAAUGCAUAGCCGACUGUCUUCGCGAACUUUACCACGCGCCAAGCUCCUGGGAUUUAUUCAAUCAUGCGAAGAGCAGAGCGUUGUUCAUCUGCCAAGCCAUGCAAAGCGAAAGUGACAAGGAGGACCAAUUGCAGGUAUUACGCAACCUCAUCAGUGUAGUUUCGAUGGUCACGGGCUCGAUCGCAGCGUCCGACGAGGAGCUUCGAAAGAUGAUCCGCGAUUUCCACGAUCUCUCAAACAGUAUGCAUGAAUUCAAAGCAAAGGUGAAAAGCGACAAUCAAGAAAUCAAGACCGCAGUCAUGGCGUCUUGGGCUGAUGCCGAGGCUCGGUUUAAGACAGACAUGUCCAUUUUCGCCGAGAGAAUUCUAUCCAUGGCUGAUUCUCUUCGGGACGCCGAGGAAAGCCUCGCUCAACAUUCAUCAAAGGUCAGUCACACGCUCGACAGAUCGACAGAAUUCGCUUCCGGGAUGGAUAUCCAGCGACGUGACGAUGUUGCAAAAUUUAAGCAAGAAAUGGAAGCAAGUAGGGCUUGGUUCGCGUUUCAAACCGAGAUGACUCUGAGGAAUUUCACACGUCAAACCUAUGGCGUGUCGAGAGACUUAAAAUUUGUCAAUGAAUUAACCAGCAACGUAACUACUGCCCUGCGCCAUAUCGGUCUUAAGGCUGACGGCCAGAUUAUACGCAUGGCCGACAUGCAUUUACAAUCACUCGCUUUCGCCGGCGUUCAAGAAGAGAACCAUGCCAAGCUAAUGCAACAGUUCGGAGAGAUAUCGGCCAAAGCGACAGAAACCGUGGAGUCCUUGCGAGAGCUCAGCGAAUGCGCAAAGCUGUUGCAGACACUGUGGCAGACCGGCACGGAUCUUCUGGGUGCAUUGCUUGAUCGUACCACUCACGUCCGUUUCCUAGCAAUGUCCAUCCUGAUGUUCUGUUGCAUCUUGCCAUUCUUUCGCUUAUAUGGUGCUCCAAUGCCAUUGGCCGUGAUAUGCGCGGCCAUCGGCUGCUUAGCUUUAGGUUUCAUGUUCACGUUCGUGAUGAAGCCCCUCCAAUUCUUUUCAAGCCUUUCGAAGAGCAAUCCCCAAGCGAUCGCACUAUUCGAAUUGGUGGUACUCAUCUGCAUCGCAUUCGCUGCUGGCACGGCCGGCGAGAAAUUACGACAACGCUCGGCCUCCAAGUUUUGAGAGUACGAAUAGAACGACGCCAAACAAACGCCCCAUCAAGUGUCUGCAUUUUUGGUCUGCAUUUUUCUUUCGCAACAACAUCGCUCAAAUUCGAAGAACAUCGCUCUACCAACAUCAGUCGGGAGACGAAAGACCGGUCACCAUCAGGGUGGUCAGCUUCACAUUUCAGGCUUAUCCCUCACGGAAUUUGUGGAUCGCGUAGUAUAGCUUGUGCCUGUCCACUGCCAAGCAAACACUACACGAUCAGGAACGCGAGACCUGGCGGCUUGUUGGUAUCAUCAUCAUCAUCAUACUUGGAUCAUAUAGCUAUUCAAACAUCUGUC